AUGUCUUCCAAGCAACCAGCUUCUCCUUAUGGGGAAGCAGAUGGAGAGGUCGCCAUGGUGACAGGCAGACAGAAAGUGGAAGAGGAGGAGAGUGGCGGUCUCCCAGCCUUUCACCUUCCUUUGCAUGAAGUCGAUGGCAAUAAAGUGAUGUCUUCAUUUGCCCCACACAACUCAUCUACCUCCCCCUCGAAGGCCGACGAAGGUGGGCGUCAAAGUGGAGAAUCAUUUUCCAGCACAGCGCUGGGAACUCCUGAACGGCGUAAAGGUAGCUUAGCAGAUGUUGUAGACACUCUCAAACAGAGGAAGAUGGAGGAGAUGAUCAAGAACGAGCCUGAAGAAACCCCCAGUAUUGAAAAGCUACUAUCAAAAGAUUGGAAAGACAAGCUCCUUGCCAUGGGAUCAGGGAACUUUGGAGAAAUAAAAGGGACUCCAGAGAGCCUAGCUGAGAAAGAGAGGCAGCUUAUGGGCAUGAUCAAUCAGCUGACCAGUCUGCGGGAGCAGCUGCUUGCGGCUCACGACGAGCAGAAGAAAUUGGCGGCCUCGCAAAUUGAGAAGCAACGCCAGCAAAUGGAGCUGGCCAAGCAGCAGCAAGAACAGAUUGCAAGACAGCAGCAGCAACUUCUGCAGCAACAACACAAAAUCAACCUGCUUCAACAACAGAUCCAGGUUCAAGGUCAGCUACCACCAUUAAUGAUACCCGUAUUCCCUCCAGACCAGCGAACUCUAGCAGCAGCAGCCCAGCAAGGAUUCCUCCUCCCGCCUGGCUUCAGCUACAAGGCAGGCUGCAGUGACCCUUACCCCGUUCAGCUGAUCCCAACAACGAUGGCAGCUGCUGCUGCAGCAACCCCAGGUGUAGGCCCACUGCAACUGCAGCAAUUAUACGCUGCCCAGCUUGCAGCCAUGCAAGUAUCUCCUGGUGGAAAAAUAUCCGGCAUUCCCCAAAGCAACGUUGGUGCAGCAGUAUCACCCACCAACAUUCACGCUGACAAGAUCGCAACCAGCCCACCACCCAAAAGCAAGGACGACGUGGCCCAGCCGUUGAAUCUCUCAGCAAAGCCCAAGACAAAUGACAGCAAGUCUCCCGCGUUACCCACUUCUCCUCACAUGCCACCACUGAGAAUAAACAGUGGGUGCAGCUCGCUGAAAUCUUCAGGGCCAGCAACGUUAGCUAGUCCAUCCGCCAGAGUCAACACAAUAGAUAUCCUUUCCUCCAUCACAUCAUCAGGUUACUUAAAUGAUCACGAUGCUGUUACCAAGGCAAUCCAGGAGGCCCGGCAGAUGAAAGAACAGCUACGGCGAGAACAACAGGUGCUGGAUGGAAAAGUUGCCGUUGCAAACAAUUUAGGUUUAAACAACUGCAGGACAGAUAAGGACAAAACAACACUGGAGAACCUGACUCAACAGUUGGCAGUCAAACAGAAUGAAGACGGGAAAUUUAGCCACGCGAUGAUAGAUUUCAACAUGAGCGGAGACUCUGACGGAAGUGCAGGGGUCUCAGAAUCUCGGAUUUACCGAGAAUCCAGAGGGCGUGGGAACAAUGAGCCUCAUAUCAAGCGUCCAAUGAAUGCCUUCAUGGUGUGGGCAAAAGAUGAACGACGGAAGAUUCUGCAGGCUUUCCCUGAUAUGCACAACUCCAACAUCAGCAAAAUAUUGGGGUCUCGUUGGAAAGCUAUGACGAACCUUGAAAAACAACCAUACUAUGAGGAGCAGGCUCGUCUCAGCAAGCAGCACCUGGAGAAGUACCCUGACUACAAGUACAAGCCCAGGCCAAAGAGGACAUGCUUAGUCGAUGGCAAGAAGUUACGGAUUGGCGAAUAUAAGGCAAUCAUGCGGAAUCGGCGUCAAGAGAUGAGGCAGUAUUUCAAUGUGGGACAGCAAGCACAGAUUCCUAUUGCAACAGCUGGUGUCGUCUACCCAGGAGCAAUUGCCAUGACAGGAAUGUCCUCCCCACAUCUUCCCUCAGAGCAUUCAAGUGUAUCUAGUAGCCCAGAGCCUGGGAUGCCCAUUAUCCAGAGCACUUACGGCAUCAAAAGUGAGGAGACUUCCCAUGUCAAAGAGGAGAUUCAGACCGAGGACAUCAAUGGUGAAAUGUAUGAAGAUGAUGAGGAUGAAGACGAUGACCCCGAUGUGGACUACGGCAGUGAUAGUGAAAACCACAUUGCAGGGCAAGCCAACUGAUAAGGGGUUCCCAUUCUUGGUUUUGACCUUGGAGGACUUUAACGGAGAGCCCCGUCUGGUUUCUUACCCAGUGGCCAAGCACAUGAACUUAAUCCUCAUACACUGACUGUUACUUAAAACUCUUUAGUCUUAACUAGUUGGGACAUCAGCUGAUCAUCAGAUAUCAGCCUGCAUUGAAAACUUCGGAAAAGCAAGAAAGAAAUUCUAAAAAAAGACAAAGGCUCAGAGGAAGAAACCCUAUCAAGGAAGUCAGUGAUGACAAAGAAAAAAAGGACAAAAAUAAGCUAUGGGUAACAUAAUGCCAGUAAUUCAGCUGCUAUACCCAAGCACUGAAGUCUUACCCGUUUGACCUUUUAUUAUUUUUUUUUCAAAUAAACUUUAUGGCUAUUUGUUCUAUAAUGUUCUAGAAAAUUCUCACUCAGGUACACAGUGCCAACAAGUGGCUUGUGAAUGUGUUCUGUUGUUUUGUGUACAAUUUAAAGAAAAAUUAAGAUUUUAGGGUGGGGUUGGGAGAGAUAAUGCAUCCAAUGAAGGGGGUAAGAAAUGAUACAAUUCUUUUAAUUUCUCCCUCUCCCCGCCCCCAUUUUUCCACCACCUUUUCUUCCACCCUUCCAGAAUUAGACUUGAAAGCACGUUAUGCAUCUGGCUGGAAUGCAGGGACCAAGCCAGGUUGGACCCAUAAAGAAUUUGAGUCAUAGUUGCUCAGCAGCAGGGAAGAGAUCCUAAGGAUUAUUAUGUGGGAGAAUCAACAUGCUGGAGAUCAAACAUUUAGGACCUGCUGAGAGCCUUUGGUGUCUUAUACCAGUGCCAAUGGGAUACUGUGCAGGAUGCAAUAAAUGUUUGCAUUAGUUAUAUCAUUUACAGUCCAGACCUUUGAUCUUAUGAAAGUACCUUAUUGUCAGGUCAGGCCACCCAUCCUUUUAGAACAGGAAUGGACCCUCAGUCUACUUUCAGAGCUCCUGAAUCCAGUACUAAGAAUGGCCUGCCCGUUGCCUAGAGCUCUCGGCAUGAGACAAGACAAGGAGGUAUCAAAAAAAAUGGGUAGUAACUACUUUGGGCUCUGGCCCUACCUGUUGCCAGCAGUGUGGCCCUCCUAGCUGAUUACUCCUGAGGGAAUGUAGCUCUUGACAGAACAAAGAUUGCCCAGUCCUCAUCUAGACCUUUGUAUCUUGGUCUAGUAGACAGUGGGUUCUCAACCUCUCCAAAAUUCUGAUUGUCAGCCCUUUUGCAAAUAAAGUUUAUGGUCCAGGGUCUUUUCAAAGAGAAAGACAUAAAUUAAUCAUCCAAAAUGCAAUCAGUUGGCUAUAUAUCUGUCCUUCCUUAUUGUUCUAUCCACAUCCUUCGAAGGGUCCUUCAAGUCAUCAGGUCCCAAAAUCAGGAUUUCCUAGCCUCUUCCCACUCUGAUCUCUCCUCAGCCUUGAGCAUUUACUGAGCAAAUUCUACUACAUUGGCUGCAGUUAGACAUGAUAUGUAUCUCUGUUGUAGCCACCCCAACCCACUGGCCAACCAGCCCCUUCCUUUCUAGGCAGGUCCUACAUUCACCCUUUCACCAAUUGCACACCAGACCAAGUUUGGAGCAAGUGCCAAAUCUGUACUAAUGUGAGAAAUUAUUUCCAUUUCAUGUUUUCUUUUCUCAUUGGUUGUCUUGAUUUUCUUUCUUUCAUAUUGUCUUCAGUCUUAAAUUAGGGCAGUAUUGUAUCUUAGACAAUCCCUUGAAGAAGUCCACUGCCAGCAGCUGGUAAGGUUAGUUAUUGUUGCUUUUUUUUAAUGUAUUUGAAUGGAAACUGUAGGAGCCAUUCUCAAGUGAAUCAAAGAGAGAACGAGGUGUGUGUGUGUGUGCAAUGACUUUGGAUUUGUGUGUGUGUAUGUGCAUGUAUUGUGUGUCAAUGGUACUAAUAAGGGAAAAAAAGAGACAAUUGUGAGAGGGAAAUUGAGUAACUGGAUUGUAUUCCCAAAAAGUCUGAGUCUGUAUGGCAUUGUAAUUUACUCUGCAAAUAGCUAGGUAUAGAAACAUAGAUUUUUACAGAAG